GCCGAAGGACGACGCACGAACAGACGGCCAACGGACACGUCAUCCGCCGUCCGUAUUUUGUCACCCGGCAGCAGCAGUCCACCGCGACGCAGCGAGAAACAAACUCAUUCCGUCUCCGCAAGUUCCCCGGUACGAAAGCCGACAUCAGACAUAACCGGCCGGCAGCCAAAGCGCAUUCGUUUUCACCACGUUCAAGUUCACGGCUGUCCCUACAUAAAACACCGUCCUCGCUUUACCAGUUGUUCUCUUUUGUGUGUCUCGUCCCUAACCAAACCGCCGUGCCCUUAGAAACAACAUGCAGUUCGCCGUUUUAACCGUCUUACUCGCCACCCUUCUCCAAACAACCUUAUCACAAAACGCUACUUCGAGCAGUGUAUCAGUUCCACCAACAUCCACAGGACCCAGCUCAGUAUCUGGCCUUUCCAGCACGAUACCACAAGAAAGCCAUCCGGCUGCACCAACAGCUAGCGAGGUACAAAACGAUGAACCUAAAGCUGAACUAACAACGGGGGUUCCUGAAGCACCUCCGACUAGGGUACCUGUGAGCAAGGUGCCUUCCACUCAACCUCCGUUGGUUCAUGCUGAGACUACCAUGAAGGUUAAUGCUACGAAAGGAGGUAGUGUUCCCCAGCAGAAAGGUGGUAAAAAUGGAUCAUCUCGAAUUAUAUUCAAGAACGACGAUUAAAGAUCUGAAUAAAUCCACAUAUUCAAAAUAUAUAUAAUUGCAUGUUUUGAAAUAAUUUUAUUAG